AUGCCACCUAAAGGUCGUUCCUCCAAGGCCAAUGCCAAGGCUGGCACCCGCAAGCAACCUUUCAGCGCACCUGCAACCCCAAGGAUGACUACUGGCACUUCAGGCAUUAAGGAAGCUGCUGAAUCGUCGCCAGACGAAGCUGUUCAUGUGAACCACCCGGAGUCUUCGUCAAUGGCUGCUACCAGGCUCUCCGCGCUGAAAGGCAAAGGAACAGGAGAAAACGCAGACAACAAGAAUGGGUCAUUUCGGGAGUCAGCAGUACCUGAGCCUCUGUCGCCAGAAGCUGAAUUGGAUAUGGAAUUUCCAGACGACCCUGAGGAUGCGGAGGGUGGUGGAUCUGGUUACCUUAGCGACGACUCCGAUGAAGGAGCUGAUCCUGUUAUGGCUGGCCUUGUUGCUGCUCAAAUUUGUUUUACACUGACCCUGCUGAUUCCAGAUAAGUAUAUCAAAGAAGUCCCGCGAACUAUGGACUCAGUCACUGCUCAUCUGUUUCACUGGAGGAAGGAGUUGUUGGCUGAUGUCCUCGCAACCACGAAGUUUCAGAAACUGCUACCGACUUAUCUGUCGAAGGAGCGUUUCGGCCGCGUUCAGGUUACCUUCAUCAAUGAGAAGGAUGCUGCCUUUGUCUGGAAACGUGCUGUUGCUCAUGACUGCGUUAACGGUACCCCUUUGAAGCUGACCUGGCAGUUUCCAGAAAAUGCUGAUUACCUUCGGGCUCGCUCCCUCCACCCGAAGGCUUUUGAAGUUGUGCUGAAGGGAGUUCCGGCAGAGCUGACCCCGGAGCGUAUUCGCAAGUUCCUGGUGAUGGUGUGGUUGGUAAAGAGGGGGAGACCGCCGUUCAAAGAAGGCCACGGUUUUCAUCGGGUACAAGAUCCCGUCACUGGGAUGGACACAGAUAAGAUCCGCGGGCUCCUGAUUCAGCAAGAGAAUGACCCAUACCGUUGGCGUCAUUUCAUCCUUGACCCUGCGAUGAACGGGAAGAAGCUGCUGUUACAUUUCCCCUCGCUCAACUGUGACUACUGCAACGGCCACCACAUGACGCGCUACCACGACGACUACGUCAGUGACCUCGGGAAGGCUGGUAGCGGUGCCGGCGAGCUGGCGGGAGCUGUCAUGGACGCUGGUGACCUCAACAUUACGGCAGACCCAGUUAUGGACAGAACGUCGAAGCAAGGAUCAGACGCGGAAAACAAAAGACUCUUACACAUCUGCUUCAGGUGGGACUUGCGGGACACAUUCCGGGCGUUAUACCCCUCGCGACUGGAAUAUACGUUUCUGAUGAAAUCGACAUUAACAAGCUCACGCAUUGAUCGCGCCCUGGCGUCGGCUUCUCUGCUCCCACUGGUGGCGGAUGCGUACCACACGGCAGCACCGCAAGAUGUAACGGACCACUGGUUCAGCAUUACCACGGUGCUGACAGCGCAGACUGGUGCGACAUAUGGCCCGGGGUUGUGGAAGAUGCAUGCAGACCAGACGAGACACCCAGGGGUACGCAACGCCAUCCGACGAGUACUGCGUGAUCAAGGUGGAACCGGUGGUGGUGACUUGCAUUCCGUGCUUACGAGCCUGCAAGUCAGCCUCAGAGCUCAUUCAAGGGAGGAAAGGAAAAGGAUCGGGCGAACCAUAUCACAUCUGGAGGAUCGGGUAGCGGCGCUGAGACAAGAGUUCAUGGUGGACUCAAGUCAAGGAGCGAAAUAUGAUGAACUGACCAAAUACGAGGCGCAACUCAAAGCGUAUAGAGAUAGCCAAAGGAGGAGGAAGCAGACGAUGGCAGGAAUCGGAGUGGAGAUGUACAGUGAAAUAGCGAACAAGUUUCUGACAAGGAAAAUUGCAGCACGGAAGUCAAAGACAGUGAUUAAAGAGAUCGUGCACGGGGGCAAAAAGUACGAAGGAGAACGAGAAGUACUGACAGCAGCCUCGGAGUUCUUCACCAACCUCUUCGGUGCGGAACAGCUGGUACCGGAUGUAGAGGAGUGGCAGAUGGACCCCGGAAAAACCUUGGAUGCGGAAGCUAAAAGGAGGCUCACAGAGCCAUGGUCGGAGAAGGAAGUGAGACAGAUGAUGCGGGAGCUCCCAAGGGGAAAGGCGCCGGGUGCAGACGAGCUGCCGAAAGAGCUGCUGGAAGACAACUGGGAUUUGCUGGGGAAGUCGGUAAUGGAUUUCAUGUGCAAUUUUGAAAGGACGGCGAAGCUGCCGAAGAGUGCAUUGACGGCAGUGACGAUCCUCCUGCACAAGAAGGGUGAACGGUCAGACCUGGGAAACUACAGACCAAUCACUCUGCUCAGCGCGACGUACAAGAUUGUGGCGAAGCUGCUCGCGAACAGGAUGAAAGGAGUGCUAUCGCAAGUCAUCUCGCGGAACCAGUUCGGCUUUGUUCCAGGCAGGAGACUGGCGGAUGCGGUCAAAACGGUUGCGGACACAAUUGAUGCGGCAAUUACGGAGAAGGAAGAUUGGUACUUACUAUUAGUAGACUUCCAAAAGGCGUAUGACUCGGUAUCGAGACCGUUCCUGUUCCGCACCUUGGAGCGCAUGGGUUUCCCGGAGACCUUCAUACGAUGGGCUAAGGGGCUGCAUGAUCAGGCGGCGACACAGCUGCUGGUCAACGGCUGGCUGGGAGAGCACGUAGAAGUGGAAUCAGGGGUGCGGCAGGGAUGCCCGCUGGCGCCUUAUCUCUUCAUCUGCGCAGCAGAGCCACUGUGUCAGGAAGCGGAAAGAAGGAAGCUGGGGCUGAGAAAGAGAGGAAAAGGAGGGCUGACAUACCUUGGGUAUGCGGACGACACGACACUGCUGCUUAAAGGGAAAGAGCAGCUUAAGCAGGCGCAAAAUUUGCUGGAGGAUUUCAGCGUCAGGUCGGGCUUACAUGUCAAUAAGACGAAGUCAACGGUGAUGCCGCUGGGGAGAAAUAGAGCAAACCCGCCACCUGUUGACACCACAUACACCUGGGCAGUAAGAGGAGUACCGGAGAGGCUACUGGGCAUUUGGAUCACUACAGAAGGAAUAGCAGAACCUACCUGGGAAAAAGCGUUGAUCCGAGUGAACAUCAUUCUGACCAACUGGGAGAAGCUGCACCUCACGACAACGGCGCGGGUGACGAUCCUUAAUACUUAUGUGAUGCCGGUGCUGCUUUUCUAG